UCGUACAAAGUGCAACUGCAACAUUUUAUGCCGCAGUGAGAGUGAAACGGAAAGUCAAAGAUACUUUGAAAUUAAUCAAAUACCAUAAAAUGUAUACUGUCUCCAAAGGGCCUAGCAAAAUAGUAGCUAAAACAAGAAGAGGUCUAUCACAGAAUUUGGAAAGAUUAGACAGCAGGAAAGACCAAUACAGGAAGUCUUCUGACUCGGAUAAUGGAGACAUUAUUAGUAUGCCCAAACCAGUAUUUCACUCGAAUGGUAAAAAGACAGUUCACCAGAGAAUACAACAGAGUAUUAUAACACCCCAACAUGAGGAAAUUAUUAGAUUUAUUAGUGAAACUUGGACCCAAACAGCCAGUGGAGAAAGUGAGCCGUCCAGUCCUACUAGUACAAUUGGAUCCGGAAGCUCGUCACCCGCACCAUCUAAUCUCUACUACCAAGAUGAAGAACCAAGCACAAGCCUCGCAGACUUCAAGCCCUUCGAUCUUGAGACAUGGUGGGGCAAACGGAUAUUCCACAACAUUACAAACUCCCUCUGAGCUCAGUUUAUACAGACAUGAAAAUUGGGAACAUGGAAGAUUUAGAACACGGUAGCGUAAGUCACGAUCAAUUGUAUAUUACUAAAUUUAUAUAUCCCGCUCUGUUUUGCACUGCUCUGUGCUUUUAACUAUUACUUCAUAUUGUUGUUAAAUCUUAUAAAGAAGUUAUAUAUCAUAUUUUUUGUUUUGUUGCAGAUAAUUUUGAACUUUAAAAUAACAGAGAAUCAUAAAUAUAAAUAAUCUUUGCUAUUUUUAAAAAAGAAACAUUUUUUGCACCUUUCUCAUUCUGUAUUGGCAUAUACAUUGUUGUAUAUAUUUUUAUAUGUUGUUGGUAUGUUGUCGUUUUGUUGCUCGGAUUUUUCAGAAUGUGCAAAACUUGAACAAUUAAAAAAACUAAUAGGACAUUUGGAUUCGAACCAGGGUCUUCUGCUUUCCGGAUCACCCAUCUGAGCUAUUAUAGUCCUGUAUAUAGUGCUGAAAUUUACCUUUGUAUUCUAAUGUUAUUGUAGCUGUUUCUCAUUAAAACACAGAUAAAAUUACAUUUUUUUUAAAUUAAAACCUAGCUAGAUCGAUUAUCGCCCCCGAAAACGCAUGUAUAAGAAAUUUUAUGAAAAUCGUUGGAGCCGUUUCCGAGAUUCAGAUUAUAUAUAUACACACAAGAAUUGCUUGUUUAAAGAUAUAAGAUAAAAAAUUAAAAUAUGAGCUGAUACAGAACAGUGCGUGGCUGCCAUCAAUGAUAAAAAUGUAUGCUUCAGGACAUGUUGUUAUAAAUUUUAAAAAUAUGUAUUUGCUUUUAAAAUGCAAAGUUUAUUUAAAUUUGAUUUGAGUAACAAUGAAUUUUGUACAAGAUCUUAAUAGAUUAGAUUGAAAUUGGACAGUUUAUCAAGAUUAUUGUUACAUAAAAUAAAUUGACGCAAUUUCAAUAAAAGCUAAAAAUAUAUUACAAACAAGUUUAGUAAUCUACAAUUGAUUGUGGAUCUCAAUAGAUAAAUAACUUUUUUAGAUUAAGACAGAUAUAUCCAUCGCUCAAUCGAAUUUCAGUGUUUUUAUUUUUAUUUUAUUUCUUUGAGUUCUCACAAUACAUUUUACAAUUGCAUAUUACAAUACUAAAUUAAUUUCUUGUGAACCCACACUGUUAUCCAUGAGUUUAAGAUUUUUAAACUAUAAUUUUCUUAUUAUAUAGUCUAGACAGAGUUAUAGAUCAUGAUAAAAGAAAAAUAUUCACUUAUAAAUAAGUCUUAUGACAUUCACCAUUGCGUCAACAAAGAGUACAUAAGGUAUACAAUUGCAAUUUAUAGACAUUUAAAACUAAUCUGAGAAGAAAUGGAAUAUUUUUUAACUGUAACAUUAAAUUGCAUAAUUCAUUGAUUGAAAAUAUAGCUUUCCCUAGAACGAGCUUGUUUUCUAAGCUCCCUAAUGCAAUACCAAAGUCAGCAAUCACUUCAAUGAGGUAAUUAUCAAGUUAUUAAAUAUAUUAAUUCAACUUUUAAAAUUAACAAUUCAAUUUUUUUAAAUUAAACUUCGAAUAAUUCAUUCUCAGGUGUAACUUGUAGCUUGUGAGUUGCUUAGUGAAGACCAAUUUUUUUUUGUAAGGCCAUUCAAUUUUAACUUAUAAAUUAGAAUAACAGAAGUACCAUGGUGCUGUUUCUUCCCAGUGAUAACCAACACCUGUUGAUAGUUAAUUAGGAAUUUUUCAGCCUCCCUUUUUCAGUCCAGGUGUGGUGCAUUACACCACCUGCAUUAAAUUCAGUGUUACAGAAUUACUACAUAUCAAUACUUAGUUCCAAACUGUAACAAUUCAAAAAAGGGGAUCUCAAACAACAUUCAAAAACAACUCUAGUUGUUUGAAACGAAAAUAUUGGAGACUUGUGAAGAAAUAUUGAAAGUAACAAUUGAACUGUAUUCACUUAUCCACUUGUUUCUCUUUGGUUAUGUUGGCAAUUUCUUAAAUUACGGAAUUUCAUACUUGUUACCCUUUGGAACUGAGGUAUUGAUAUUAUCUUCAGUUUUUCAUUUUAUCUAACUUGGCAAUGCAGUCACUUAAAAGAUUUCCAGCUUCAUUUCAAUUGCAAAAAGCAUUGGUAUCAUUGAAGCUUACUCUCCCUAUUUCAAUCUAUAUGUAAUUUCUGAGCCAAGCAUUUUUUUUAUUUUAUUCAUUAUAUAUAUAUAUAUAUAUAUAUUUAUAAUUUUCCAUCUUUAUGCUGUACAUUUUCAUUUUAUAUGUUGUAUUUAUGUCUUUCACAAAUUUCUCACUAUCUACUGAAUAAAACUGUUGUUUAUGUUAUUCUUCUAUACUUUUGUAAUUUCUUUACUAAAUUUUCAAACUUUGUCUUUUGUUAUGGCCAAUCUAUUGGUACUUUAUACCUUACACAUGUUUUUAGAUUCAUCCUCAUUGAACAAACUGAAUGACUGAUUUGAAAUAAUUGUCUUGAGAAUAAGGUGCUUCACAUAAAACAUUUUUUUCCAAAAAUUCUUCCAUGAAGAUUGUUUAAUAUAAUUUUUUUUUAAUCAUCACAUUGGAAAAGAAAUUAUUUAUAUAAUAUAAUAUUAAUUUUAUACCUAUAUAAAAUGACAUACAAUUUCAUAAUAUGUAGGUAAUAUAACACAUAAUAUAUUCCAAAGUGCACUGUCAAAAUUCAAACAUGUAUUUCCUUAUUAAAUUAUAAAAUUUAAUAAUAAAAAAUAUUCAAACCAAAGAUACAUAUAUAUAUAUAUGUUUGUUUUUUUAUCAGAUUUUUAUGUAAAUGUUCUUUUUUUACAAUGGAUUUUCUAACAUUUUUAAAGUAAGCAAUAAGUGCCUCAUCGCUAGAAGUAUUUCAGCUUUUUCUUACUUGACUUAGCAAUUAAUAGAAACAGGGAAAAUCUCCUACCAACUGGAAUCAAUAAUUUUUUAUAUUUUUUAAGACUGAUACUUAAUAAACGUUGCAUCAGUCGUUCAUUUUCUGUAAGAAUUAAGCGGUCGUUUUCAUUAUUGUGUAAAUUAUGCAAUGACGUUCUUUACAUACCUAUAGCAUAUUACAAUUCACAGUCUGGCAAAAGUGUGCUUAAAGACAAUGUAAGCACACUUUUCUCCUUACGGCCAUUCCCAAUAUUCAGUGUAUCUCCUUUUGUGGCCUGCUUGAGAUAAAAAAUCGUAACAGUCGUUGAAUUUUCUGUCCCAAUAAACUUAUCGACGGUAACUCAUCUUAUCCGUACACGCUGUCUGUCAAUGGGACGACGUAUACCUUACCAGGGAUAGAAGUUUGUAUGGAAAUUGUAACAGUGAACUGGCGAUAAGAAUGACUUAGAGGUAUAUUGGGACAGCUUCAGAAUAUUGACAGCUACUUACUGACAGUAGAAGGUAGUAAAUUAUCUCUAUCUAUAGAUUGCAUAAUAGGAACGGCCGUUAGUCGUCUGUCACUGUCUCAUCAAUGAAUCAAAUGUGUAUUGCAUUGAUUUACAUUGCUGCUAAUAGGCCCAGAACAUUUUAAACAACUGGAGUCAACACAGAAAUUUAUAGACAUAACAGUUGAGGUUAAUUAUGGUGUAAUUUGGUUGCAUAUUUAGGCUUUUUUUAUACUACGAUUUGUCUAAAUUGUGUAUAGAACGUCAUUGAACUUAUGAGUCAAGUAAGAAUAAGAGAGCUAAUUACAAAUUUUGAUAUAGUCGCUUGUGUAACUGCGAUCAAAAAUAGCUUGACUGUGCCAGCUAUCAAUACAUAUAGUAUUAUAUAUAUUUCUGAAUUUUUUACCGACAGUUAAAUGUUAGUUACACUUUAGACAAAUCAAUAUUUUAUUGUUAAUCAAUAUAUCAUGUUGUCUAUACUGUUUUAUUCGUAAUAUAUUUGCCGUUAUUGCUUUUUACGAGCAACAUUAAAUAUUUCAAUAAUUUGUUGCACGCAUGGUUACAUCCAAAUUGGUUUAGGUACUCAAUGUAUUGAGCCUUGCCAAAUGUUGUUUUUAAAUUACAAAUAACUACGAAUUUGAUGAAUAAAAUGUUAAAUAAUGCAGUUUCAGACAUUUUUCGUAUUGUAAGUAAAAUAUCUACCUAUAUUAGUAUUUUUAAAGUUGGCCAAACCCUUUUUUUUGCAUACUUGCAAGUUUUGGACGUUUAGACAACAUUUUUCAGUGAAUUAUUUCACACUUUUAUAGCAAUACGAAUGACGUCAUAGUUAUAACAGAUUUGUAUUAUAUAUACCUUGUAACUAGCUGAACGAUGAUUUUGUACACUGAAGCUUUAUUUUUAACUGUCACCAGUGACGUACAAAAAGCAACUAGACUCACAUUCACCCUCAAAAAUAGUCUGAUGCAAAACUCUGCCUACGCGUCUAUUAGGCAGAGUUUUCGUUAAGUAGUGUUUCGACCGCGCUUUGACUACAACUCCACGCAAUGACAAAGUGUUCAGUGAAAAACUGUCAAAAAAACAGCAUAUCCAAAUUAAAAAGGAUUCAGUGUCGUAUUGACUUGGCGUUUUUAAUCAUUCAUCUAAAACUAAAUGUUCUUGCCUUGUGUUCGCGUCCAAACUUGAGCUAUUUAUUGAACUAUUGAGCGUGUACAUAAAGACUGAGCAUUACUGCCACAAAAUAAGGUGUUAAUUUGAUUGAAUAUUUUAAUGUUAUCUGUAUAAGUUAAUGCAUAUGUAUAUGCAACGCCGCGUAUUAGUAUGCGAUUGGGAGUCUAGUUAGUUACUGUACGUCAAUGACUAUCACAAAUAUAUUUAUACAUCACAAUAUUAUUUUACUUUGUUUACAGUAUUCAGAUUUUAGGAUGUGGUUGUUGAAAUGUUGUAAGGGCUUGUCUACAUAUAAAAAAUAACGGCGAACAAUCUCUUUUUUCACACUCAUUCGCAUUCGGUCGUUUGCGUCCAUUCGCCGUCAUUAGUUUUAUGUGGACUGUAUAAAAUAUUAAAUUGUUUUUGCGCUUAAGAGGUAACAUUAGUUGAAGCCUACUCUGAGAUUUAAGACUUAACAUACCGUUAUCAGUGGGAGGCUCCUUUGCAUAGGAUGUCGGCUAGAUGAUGGGUACCACACCGGCGCCUAUUUCUACCGUGAAGCAGUAAUAUGUAAAGCCUUACUGUGUUUCGGUCUGAAGGGCGCAUUACUGGGCAAAUGAGACGUAACAUCUCCAGUCUCAAUGUGACGAGCGCAGUUGUAGUGCCGCUCAGAAGUUUUGGGUCUUUCAAGAAUCCUGAGCGGCACUGCAUUGUAAUGGGUAGGGCGUAUCUCAUCUCUUAAUAUCAUAAAAAAGUGCUUUAUGGGUAACUGCAGAUCAGACUAAAACUCGUGAGUAAAAGAGUCGAAUCAGGGAUUAAUUAUCAGCAAUUUCCCCUCCAAAAAUUAACCAAUGGCGUUACCAUUGGUUAAUUUAAUAUAAUAACAUUUGAAAACUGAAUGGGAAGCAAUAUUCUGUUUGGAUUUUGCCGCUUAUUGAUGUCGGAUUUGUAUACUCAGCUUCUGUUUGAGGCUAAGCCGUUAUAAGCAAACAGAUAAUGGAACUUAUUUGAAAAUAAUUUUGAUAUCGGUUUAAAAACCAGUUAGAAAAGACUCGAGCAACUAAUGUUUUCUCGUAAGCGCUGCGCGUGAUGAGGUCUUCCAUAUUUGAUCGGUUUUAUACAAAUUUUAGGGAUAUUGGUGUAUUUGCAAUUUUCCAUCAGAGAUUUUUUUUAAUAUCUUUCUUUUUUUUGUUUGGGUUUUUUUACAGAACCGUAGAGACUGCAUGAUCUUAUACAGUGAGAGAAAUCUCUCGUGGUUAUGUAUGUAUUUUUGUUUUGAGCCGAAAUUUUGAAAUUCGAUAUGUUCUAUGCUGCAGACUUGCACAUUGUAGUUUUUUAAUAUUUUAGAUGAGUUAUAUGAAUGUAGUGAGACAUUAGAAUAUUUUUAGACUGAUUUAGUUGUUAAACGUUGCUUUUUGUUGUAGUUAAUAAAACAAAUACUGAUAACGA